AAAAGUGAAGACGGCCUAGCAAUUGACGGAUGCCGUGACCCUUCUGUCGUGGGUCUUUGUCAAAAAACAACACAACUAACGCGCUGACCCAAAAAGCACAUAGCCUACCUAUGCAGACUACGUAUACACAUACGAACAGCAUGCUGGCACUAGGUUCCAACUCCUCGUGCUAACCGACAAUUAGCAACACCACCAGGAGCUCACCUUUACACUUGGGAAGCCUAACAUGGAACAGGAGGAAUCAGUCGGUGUGAAAUGCUUAGACAGUCAAGCCUCCCCCCAGCAGCACCCCGCCUCCUCCUCCUCCCCGCCCUCCUCCCCCCCGCGCCCCGCUCCGCCCCCCGCCUGCCAGCAAUGCGGCGCCGCUGCCGCCAAGUACCGCUGCCCCGCCUGCGACACCCGCAGCUGCAGCCUGGCCUGUGUACGGCAGCACAAGGCGGACAGCGGCUGCAGCGGGCAGCGGGACCGCACCGCCUUCGUGUCCAUCAAGGACUUUGAUGACCGGGCGCUGCUGUCAGACUUCCGGCUGCUGGAGGAGAUCGGUCGCGCCGACGACGUGGCCCGCCGCUGCCGCCCCCCCGCCGCCAAGCCCCAGCUGCCGCCCCACCUGGCCUCGCUGGUGUACCAGGCCUCCUGGAGGAGCGUAAAGCUGCUCAUCAUGCCGCCGGGCAUGGCCAAGCGGCGCGCCAACACCAGCCGCUACGAUGCGCGCAACCGAACCAUGUGGUGGAGACUGGAGUGGCGCUUCCCGGGGGCAGCGGGGGCGGGAGGGGGCUUGGAGGCGGUAGAUGAGCGGGUGGACGAGCAUGCGGUGGUGGGGGAGGUUCUGUCCGCCCACCUGCGCCCCCCCUCGCCGCACUACAUCCCGCUGCGCCCCUACGCGCGAGCGGGGCUGGGGGCGCUGCGGGUGUUCAUGCGCAAGGAGAAGACACCGGCCAACCAGCCCGCCUACUUCCCCAUCGACCCCACCCAGUCGCUCGCCUCGCAGCUCGCCUCGCGCACCAUCAUCGAGUUCCCCGUCUUCAUCGUGGCCCUACCGCAUGAGGUGGACCAGUACCCGCCGCCACCGCUGCUGCAGCUGCCGCAGCCAGCACAGCAACAACAACAGCAACAACAGCAGCAGCAACAGCAGCACAACCAGCACCAGCACCAACCGGUUGCAGUGACCCAUGGGUCAGACGCAGCAGCGCAACCGCGGGGACCGGGUCCGCACCCACAUGCGCACCCGCCCCCGCAGCCGCCGCCACCCCGGCGACCUCCGCAGCAGCAGCACCCCCUGCAUCCGCAGCAGCAGCCCCUGCCUGCACAACACCAGCAGCCCCUGCCGCAGCAACCCCAACAGGGUGCUGUGUCAGGGCCCCAAGCACCCCAGCUGCGAGCACAGGGCCCACUGGCUCCCCACUGGGUGCCUCAUCCUUCGCUGGUGCCUCCUCAGCUGGUGCCUCCCGGGUCCGCAGCCCCUGCGGCCGCGGGGUCACUGGGUGGGUUCCGUGGGGAGGAGGAGGCGGCCCUGCCCCCCAGCAAGCGGGCGAGGGUGGUGGAGGGCGAGAGCAAGGUGGAGCAGCAGCAGCAGCAGCAGCAGCAGCAGGGGCAUGUGGAGCAGCAAUGGGGCGAUGAGAAUGAGAUUGAAAUUGGGGAG